GCUCGGCUCUUCUGUGCUCCUCAGUCCUACCUGUUCCUUGGUGGUCCUCACCUUCUUCUUUCCCCGGCGCCGGCAUCUUUAGUGUCAGCAGUGUUUGGUCAUCUCCUGUACUAUGUCCGCAGUCUCUGGCCAUCUCCUGUACUGUGUCCGCAGUCUCUGGGCAUCCCCUGUACUGUGUCCACAGUCUCUGUUCAUCCCCUGUACUGUGUCCGCAGUCUCUGGUCAUCUCCUGUACUAUGUCCGCAGUCUCUGGUCAUCUCCUGUAGUAUGUCCGCAGUCUCUGGUCAUCUCCUGUAGUAUGUCCGCAGUCUCUAGUCAUCUCCUGUACUAAGUCUGCAGUCUUUGGUCAUCUCCUGUACUAUGUCUGCAGUCUCUGGUCAUCUCCUGUAGAAUGUCUGCAGUCUCUGGUCAUCUCCUGUACUAUGUCUGCAGUCUCUGGUCAUAUCCUGUACUAUGUCUGCAGUCUCUGGCCAUCUCCUGUAGUAUGUUCACGGUCUCUGGUCAACUCCUGCACUAUGUCUGCAGUC